ACCAGCCGGGCACCUCGCCUCUUCCAUCUGACCAACUCUCCGGCUGUUCUGUCGUUGCUGUUCCCUGCCGUUCUUUCCUCUUCUCUCCUUCCCCAUUGUUGGCUGGUUUGCUUGCAGUCAACCAGAGACGGAUUUUCUCCUACUCACAGCUCAGGAAACGACUUUUCACGUUUGAAGUUGACUUGGGUUGAAGACGAUGUUGCCUCGCCUUCUCCUUGCAAUCGUCCCACUACUGGGCAUUGCUUUGGCUCAGGAUGGUAGUAUCUCUGGGCCUACCUCCUCUCCGGAAGCAGCGGGCUACUCAUGUGACUCCAGCAAAUGCAAACUUCCCGAUUGUAACUGUGCCAGUACAGACCCCCCUGGAGGUUUGAAGCCGGAGGACGUCCCACAAUUUAUCGUGUACACAGCAGAUGAUGCCGUCCAGUCGUAUACCCUCGACUCUGUCAACCAGUUCUUGGCUCGCCGCAAGAAUCCGAACGGCUGUUCAAUCAAGAUGACCUACUACACGUCGCUUAACUACACGAAUUAUACUCUAGUCACGGACUGGUAUGUUGCUGGCAAUGAGAUUGCUGACCACACUAUGACCCACGUGGGCGAUCCUCCGGUCGACGAAAUCAACGGCAAUCUUAUCGCUCUCAACGCUCUGGCUGGCAUUCCCAUGUCGUCUAUCAAAGGCUUCCGUGCUCCUUAUUUGGCCUACAGUGUAAAUACUUUGAAGCGGAUUAAGGAUGCAGGCUUCACCUAUGACUCCUCCGCAUCUGCCUCGAUUCCAGUCACCGACUCAAACACGGAUGCGUUUUGGCCGUACUCCCUCGACAAUGGAAUGGCAAAUGACUGUCUAGCUGUUGAGGGAAUAUGCAAGGGCGAGCCUAAACUUCCUGGUCUCUGGGAAAUUCCAAUGUACGCUCUCUUCGACAAAAGAGGACCCGAAGGGGUGCAUCUGAUGGACCCUUGGCUCGACAACGCAAACGGCGAGAACGCAGUUAAUGAUUCUGCUACAUUGGAGUACAUGAAGAGCACGUUCACGGACCACUAUAACAACAAACGUCAACCUUUCGGCUUAUAUACCCAUCCUAUCCACACAGCGCCAAACUACCCCGGCGUUCCUCCCCUCAAUUCUACUAUCAACAUGAUUAAUCAAUUCCUGGACUGGGCUCAAAACCAACAGAAUGUGUGGAUUGUCUCCAGUGAACAAUUGCUGGACUGGGUGCAACAUCCUGUUCCCAUCUCUCAGUUGGAUCAAGUGCAGUCACUCAAGUGUUCCACACCUCAAGUCGAUUCUUCCAAGAAGAUCUGCAAUGGUAUCCCACAGAACGAAGAGGGCCUGCUUUCUCACUGCGCUUUCCCAGAUUUCCCAUUCUACACUUGCUAUGGAUGCCCCCAGGAAGCGCCCACUCCUAGCAACCCGAACCCGUCUCAGCAAGUCCCUGACGGACAACAGGCUCGUAUCCGCCUCCCUGCAAACUGUUCCACGCCAUUCUGGGAUCCCAUCGCAGGGGAGUGUAUCUGCACGGCCUCUACAUGCGCCUUUUCAGACAACUCCAGACCCAUCGGAGUAAGUUUGAAUUCAAAUUGUUCUCAUGAUGACCUUGUGACUUUUGCUGACGGACUUCUAGCCGAACGGCGCGAACCUCACUGGCGGCGGAACCGGUGCCGACAGUGCCCAAGCCUCUCAAUCAAGCAACCCCUACGUUCCCUUCAAUGGAAGCGGUGCCCUUAAAUCUCUCCCCAGCGGUGUCCUGCCUGCUAUCAUAUUUGGUGCCGUGGGUGCUCUCAUCGGCGUGCUAGGUAUCGCCGCUCAUCUCUAGAGGCCCUUUGCAUAUACUAUUAUCAGCACGGACUUGGUCGUUCAGACAUUAUCUCAUAUUUGAUGGACUCUCGCAGCUCCAAUCUUUCGUUUUGCAAACACCUUCUUUCUCUACAUAGUGUCCUGUAAUAUCCCUAUCGCUUGGAGUAAUGCGUAAUGCCUCAAUGUUGAGUAUUCAAUUCUCAACUCUCAGUCAACUGUUGGCAAUGAAGCGACCCUUGUCAGAUCAUCAACUAUCAAUUCAAUGAAUGAUCGAUCGAGUA